AUGAACGAGUGGGCGGGCGAGGGCAAGGGCGACGAGCAGGUGGAGGCGGAGCUGAUUGCCAGGUUCUACGACGAAGGAGGUGAGGCGGCCGCUGAGGGGUCAGCGAGCGGCGCCGCCAAGCCCUGGGCAGAGGGCGAGGAGGACGAGAUGUGGCGAGCGAUUCCGCAGGCGAAGCUGCCGUGCGGCUGGUUGCAGCUGCGGCAGCCAAACGGUGAGCCCGCUUGGGUGCACCUCGCCUCUGCGGUGUACUCGCUCUCGCGCCCCGUCUCCAUCCCGGAGGAGGCCUCCCUCGACUCCACCGUCCCUCUCCCGCCGUUCUACGAGGCGGCGCUGCGGCAGGAGCACCAACAGUGGUCGGGCCAGCGCGGCGACGGCGAGGCGGCGGGCGGGAGCGCCAGGCGACAGAGCGACGGCGCCGACGCGUGGGUGAUCGACGGCAAGCCGCCCGUCUCGCUGCUCACCGAGUGGGUCGCCAAGGCGAUGAGCUCGGCCGUGGAGAUUGUGACGACGACGGAGGAAGACGCGGUCAAUCCGUUCCUCACGACCGUCCUCGUCGAGGGGAUCGUCGUCGCGCGCGGCGCGUCGAACAACAAAAAGUCGUCCCGGCAGGUGGCCGCGCGACAGGCGCUCGCGGUCCUCUGCCCGCUGAUCGAGCAGCCGACGGAGCUGGGCAAGGGGAUGGACGGACUGGUUGGCGGGCGGCAGGCCAUGGUGGAGCGAGCACACGGCAGCUUUGCGCACAUCGAGACGCUCGAGGCGGAGGCGCUCAAUCUCCCCCUCUCGGACGACUCGAUCCUGGACGCGCAGGUCGGGAAGACGCCCGUGAUGGUGCUGCAGGAGCACUGCCACAAGCACGUUGGCAAGCUGCCCGUCUAUUCGGCGGCGCAGGC